AUGAACGCCCUCCGGGCACUAGUAGCAAGGCACACGGAUAGAGACCGCUCCGCCGUUACGGGGCCAAAAUCGCUGCUGAAUGCGCGGAUGGAUCCGGUACGUCUUCAGUGCCGCGGUUACACCGAUAGGUGUUCUAUCGUGAGAUAUCCGCCGUUUCCUGGCGGUAUAUUCGUUCUGCCUGUUCAGGAAUCGUGGCCAAUAGAGAGGAUUUGGAGAAAACCUAAAUGGUCGGAUGGGGUCCGCAGCUCGGAGGUGCCACAGGCUUCAGUCGAUAUUUUAGGCAAAGUUGUCCUCCCGGGCGAAGUCACGAUCGCAACCCCACGAAUGCCCUACAACCUCUGGAAAAAAAUCACCGGCCUUGAUUUCGCAAUAGUGCAUUGGGCGGAGGGUGUUCAGUUCGGCUGGAGUGAGCCUGCGUCGGGCGCGCCGGCAACUUCCGCAGAGCCGCAUCGCACCCUACACCCCGCGUUUUUUACAGGAACUGGUGUCAUCCGGGGGGGGGUGUCGGAGAUGUCUAGUUUAUACGAGAACAGCUACAGCACGCUUCCACCGAGCAAAUAUCGCGCAGCUCGUCUUCUGACGGUCGGCGCCCCAACUUAA